CGUCGCUCUCCGGGCGGAGGCGGAACCUUUUUUUCACCACAGACGCAGAAAUGUAGAGUGACGCGCCACGGCGAUUUCAAACCGGGACGCCCGGUGCCAGGUUUCAGCUAGUUUCCCGCUCUAAUUUUUCGACACGAAAUGCGUAAAGGGGAGUCGAAGUUAAGGGAGGCCGAAAGGCAGAGCGGCGGGUCCCUAGAAAACCGCGGCCGCCGCUAAUAUUGGGUUCCACUCUACACUUUUCCUAUCUCUAUGGUCUGGUCGCGGCCUCCCGCGUCGGGGUUGCAGUUUCCACCCGGACGACGACGCUGAGCGGACCUUCCCAGGGUCAGCGGGUGCUGCCGCCGCCGCCGCCGCCGCUCGGGUUCCCUCAUGGCUUUCAACUUCGGGCCAGCCGCCGGCGCUGCAGCCGCCCCAAACCCUGCGGGUGAGUGCGGGGAAGUGGCGGGGGGGGCGAGCUCUGGGGUGGGAGGGGCGUGGGCCUGGUCGCCCUGGCAACCGAGAAGGUAGCGGGGGGGGGGGCGGGGAAGGGCAGCACCUGUUGAAUCCCUGGCUGCCUAUCGCGGAGCAGCAGCAGCAGCUUCGGAGGCGCAGGGCGAUCUCGGAGGGGGUGGGAGGGAGGAAGUCAGCUUUAUUUGUUCCAGCCGUAGGUCAGGACAAGCACGACAACACGCGCAAAUGAACGCGAGCGCAAGGAAGACGCGAAGAAGCACAAAAUGAUGAUGCGCCUUAAGGAUGCCUGAAUGUCCGCUUGGCGCAGGGUUUUAGAACAGGAAGGGACCCUCGAGGGUCUUCGAGACCAAACCCCUGCAGUGCAAGUGUGUGUGUGUGUGUGUGUGUGUGUGUGUACACACACAUAUCCCCAAGGAGAACCACCACCACCCCACACAAAAGAGGCACUUAUUAUUAAUAAUAAUAAUAAUAUCACAGGGUUUGUAUAAAAAUGUAGCUAUAUAUAUCCCAAAGGAGGACCCCCCCACACACAAAAGAGGCACUUAUUAUUAUUAUUCAUUAAUAUCACAGGGUCUAUGUAUAAAUGUAACUAUAUAUAUCCCAAAGGAGCACCCCCCCACACACAAAAGAGGCACUUAUUAUUCAUUAAUAUCACAGGGUGAUUGUAGAGAGAGGCCAACGGGCUGCAAAGUGUGGCUCCCCCACUGCCACGCUUCUGUUCCCAUCCAUUAGCAAAACUAGGUCUCUGGCUGCUGCCAGUCCCAUGUUGCAGAGCCCCACAAAUAAACAUAAUUAGUGCUAAUUCCUCCGAAAUACAUAGGAUUGUAGAGUCCUGUGGCUUGGCUUUUGAAAAACAGGAGGUCCACAGUACUUAGCAAAUUGAGAAGUGCUGUGCUAGCCUGCUGUUGUCUGCCUGGUACUGCGAAGAGUAUGUGUUUGUCUAGUAUGUGGCUGGCAGGCUGCGUUUGACUUGGGAAUUCACAAAUUGCAUGAUGAUAUGGACUGUUGUGAUAAUGUAUGUGAAGCACUUUGAACAAAAAUCCAUGUCUAAAUGCAAAGUAUUCAUAUUAAUCAGCCAUGGGGAGAGUGUAAUUCUCAUAUGGAAGUUUGGGGAAGGGAACCACUAUCAAGUUUGUUAACGGUUCUUUACUUGGUCAUUCAUAUCUACAAAAUGUUAAGCCUAAGUGUACUGCUCAGCUCAUUACUUCUAAACCCUUCAAAACGUAGACCAUUCAAAACACCCUGCUCUCAUACUGAGGAGGAAUUUUUAUUUGCAUGUUUUUGGUGCAGAACUAAUAUUUGGCAGUAAAAACUUCAUUUGUCCUAUGACAGCAGAGAAACUCUCUUGUACUUUUUCUUGCUAUGGACUGAUGUUUCUUCUCCUGCGUUCUUUGAAAUUUCUCAUUUUUGCUAAUCAGAAACGGUUUUACUGCUUACAUGUUUUGUUUCUCACUAAUACUUCCUUGCUUUCUUUUCUGCUUCCCACUCAUCAGGAUUUGGUGGGCUUGAAACAGCAAACUCCACUGCCAGCGGGUUUAAUUUUGGGGGUUUUGGAUUAACUGCUAAUCCUGCAGUGAAUUUUAAUAUUGGGAAUUUUGGUGUGUCUACUACCUCGGCUCCACCAUUCAAUUUUGGUAACAGUCUGGCCAGUGCAGGUAGAGAAUGCACACAAGUGGUGUUUGUAAUUGCAUUGUUGCUGGGAAGGGUCCAAGAAUUUGCUUCAGGCCCCUGGGGUCUAAACUCAUUCAUGUGGCAUUGUUCCAUUAAAAUCAAUUGAAGACCUCUUUCAGUGUUUAAGGACUGGAGUAGAAGCAGAAUACCUCUUUUGCUUUUAUUCUUGUAGCUUUUAAAAUAACGUUUGCAUCGGACUCCUUAAAUGUGUGACUGAAAUGCUUAAUUUUUCAAAGCUGUUUUAUCACUGAAGUAGCUGCAAAGAGAGACUGCUCUGAUCCAGCAGUUGCUUAUGGGAACAUAAAGCUUCACAGAAGGAUGCAGUCUAUGCGUUCGUUAAAGAAAUGAUUGAUCAGGUCCCUCCAUUCAAUAAAUGAGGAAGUCUGCACAGUCAGGAAAUCCAUGUGAGAGGCAAUACAUACGGAACACAGCAUUGUGGGACUACUAGCUACUUGCUGUGAUGUAGAGUGUGAAGGGGAGACAACCUUUCCAAACAUGGGAUGAAUUCAUGGCAAAUCAUGCCUCCAUAGUACACAUCCACCAUGUUUGUGCCCUAUAAGCUUGGGAGGGUGUUGAAUUCUCAGUUUCCUUUCACAAUUUUCCCGUUUACUGUGUGCCUAUGAAACAGUGUAAUGUGUGAAUUAACCUUGAAUCCAUGUAGAUCUAGAUUGAGUCAUUAAAAUGGUUUUUCCCCAAGGAAAAUCAGCCAGAGUGUCUUAGCAGGCCAAAUUUGUCAUGUGCAUUCUGCAAACAGGGAUAUAAAAUUAUGAUCCCUUGGUAAUAAAGUUGAAUAACUUUGAAAAGGUAUUUUUCUGUAUCUCAAAUUCUUGGACCCUACUGCAUUUAUGUUUCCCCCCUUUCCUACGUCUCUUCAUUGGAUUUCAGUCAUCACGAACUCACCACACUUUUAUCAAGGCUUAAUGGAGAAGCAAAUUUUAUACGAUCAGCUAAAAAAAAUCAGCAAUCCUAACUUUUGGUCUUUGAGAAAUAUGCUGGUUUUGACAAAAAGAUUCUGACUUUUAAAUAUUCUCAACUAUUUACCGUCUGUAGAACAAGUUGAUAAUUCAACUAGCUGAUUUUGAACAGCCAGGCAUCGAUCCAUCUUUGUACCUGAAUGUGCCUGACAUUAAUAUUCAGUAUUCUAAUAUUCAGUAUUUCUAAUGCGCUCAUUUAGUGUUAACCUUCAGUUCUUGUGGCUGUUCGUAUAGGAAAUUAUAUCAUUCCAUAGUCCUAUCAUUUCUGUACCGUAAUAUGCAACAGUUUCAAUUAUUUGUAUAGUGUAACUCUCAUCUCAGCUGUUAAAAGAAACCAUUUGUUCACCCCAGUGACAUUGUUUGCUUUGUGAUUGGUCUGAAUGGCUUUCACAAUGUGAGUCUCUCGCACCUCUACCCACCGCAUACAAAUGCAUUCACACUUCCAAUCAGUUUUAAAAUUCUUCUUGGAAAAUUUCUGUGCAAGGAAGGACACGAGAAAGAGCUCACCACUGAGCUACGAUUGUUACUAGUAUUACACUAAAAUACUGUAAUUGUUUUAAGAUGGCAGCUAUAACUGAACUUUAAUCUUUUGAGUGCAGACAGGGAUCACAAAUUCUAAUGCAUUUAUAAAAACUUGGUUUCACACUAGUAUUUAUUUAUUUAUCUGUUUAUUUAUUCUUUUGUUUAAUACAUUUACAAUCCUGCACUUUCAUCCAAAGGAGCUGAGGGCAGCACUGAUUUCAGUGGGGCUAAAGCACAACUAACUUAGUCUUUGGGUCCAUCCCCCAAUUUUAUGACUGUAUAGGUUUUGAGUGCUUCAGGACAGGUUUAACCAGUGCAUCUUUCACCCAAAAAGUUCAGUCAGGAACAGUGCUGGUUGGCGCUUGGUCAAGGAGAAGAGCAGGGUCCAUAUAGGCAGCACAGCAGUUGCAGGGCCAAUGUGUCAAUGGCAGGCUGGAACCCUUCUUCUGAUUGAAACCUAUUCUGGGAGCUCCAGCAAAGCCAUUUAAUCAACUCUGUUGUGCCUGUUUAGCACAAAGAAAGGCAUGCAAAGAGUGCUGGGAGCAGCUGGUUUCUACAAUGCAAGGAAAAUUCAGAAGACAUAUUUAUGCCCACAUAAGGAGCACUGAUGUUCUAGAGUAGUUUAAAGCAGAGGCACUGCGUUGAUUAGGUUGUUUUUUUAAAAAAGAAUUUAUAUGUGUUUUCCUUCAAGUAACAGUAUAGGCUUUCCAAAAAAUAACAACAAAAAUGUGCAUCUGAUAUGAUUUCCCAAAAGAUGAAAGCGUGUUAGCUACUUUAGUGUUAGCCCCUUCUCUGCAAUCGCUUCGGCUUUAAACGAGGGCAAGGCAUACGAGUUGUUUCCUCAGCAACAUUCAUUUGUCACCAUCUCCCUUCCUAAAAAAAACCUACCGGCAUGUGAUCGUCAAAACUGUGGCCUCGUAAGAGCCUGCCGGGCUUCUUCUUCUUUCGACAUGUUCAUUUUGGUUUCCUAGGGGCCUUUGGAGGAUUUGGGACGGCAAACACCUCAGCUGGAUCUACGUUCAGCUUCUCGGCUCCUACCAACACCGGGGCUGGUGGUAAGAGCGCAUGAAUUGCACUGCACAUGUCUUUCCAGUUAAAGCAUUGCAGGAGCUUAGCAUGACCUUAUUCACACUGUGUUGUCCCGCUUUUCUUCUUUCAAGGGUUGUUUAGUGCUACCCAGAACAAGGGGUUUGGAUUUGGCACUGGCUUCGGGACAGGUACCGGCCUUGGCACAGGUUUGGGAACUGGUUUGGGAUUUGGAGCCUUCAGCACCCAGCAGCAGCAGCAGCAACCAAGUAAGUACACUAAGGCUAAAUAGUGCCAGGGGUUUUAUCUAACCUCUUUAUGUCAUAUUGGAACCCCUUCUUUCCUCUGUUCCCUUCUCCCUCCCAUCAGACAUCUGGGUGACAGCCUGAUGGGCAAAAGAAGUGGACUUUAUGAACUGUAUUCUGGUUGGGUGUUUCAGGCGUCUGCUGUAGCUAUUAUUUUUGUCAGGCAUCCACAUAUCUGCCUGAAGGAGAUAGGAUCUGCCUGUGUGAUGCCCACCUGGUGGAAACUCUAGCUCACAUGGCCCUUAAAUGUAAAAUGAAUGAUUAUCUCCACCAACAAUUUCUAGACCAUCUAUGUAUUCCAACAUGGAAACCAGAGACAGAGGUUAUACGCUUCUUAUUACAGGGGAGAGACCAGAAGCAUACCAAGACAGUAGCUAAGUUCCUCUAUUUGAUUUUUUUGUCACCGAAGUAUGCUACAGGAUCCUGCCCUUGCUGGAGACCCACAGAGAUGAAAUAGAUUGCUCUCCUCUUCUUCCCUUUGGCAAAUGACUGUACUGUUGAAAUGGCAACGAGAUCGCACUGGCCUAUUUAUUCUGAAUGUUUGUAUGUGAUGCCAAUAAAGGUUUGAUGAUGAUAUAUCUGCCUAAUUGCAAAAAAUAUAAUAGCGAUAAGCUCAGAAAAUAUGUAAACCCUUGGUCAGCAUCUUAUUUUACAAAGGGGCUACUUUGAGGAGAGGAUAGUGGGCUAGCCUUGCGUGGUUGGAUUUCAUUUGCCAUCUAUCUUCCCAUCUCAUUUUAGCCUUAGGAAGCCUCUUCAGUCAGCCUGCUCAAGCCCCUGCCCAGUCUAACCAGCUGAUAAACACAGCAAGUGCCCUUUCUGCACCCACACUGUUGGGAGAUGAGCGAGAUGCUAUUUUGGCCAAGUGGAACCAGCUGCAAGCAUUUUGGGGCACAGGCAAAGGAUAUUUCAACAACAGCAUUGCCCCAGUGGAGUUCUCGCAGGAAAACCCCUUCUGCAGGUUUAAGGUAUUACUGGUUUUUCUGAAGACCACCUUCUUGGAAACGGUUGGUUGGCUAGCUAGUCUUAAUUGCUGCUAGACAUUUAGAGUUGAUUUCCUUCGCUACAUUUCACGGAGUUGUGGAAUCGUAGCUUUCAUGUCUUUGUGUUGCUGCAGCAAAAAGUUUGGGUAUCUUUUUGUUGGCUGAAAAGGCUGCUGUCCUUUCACAGGCUGUUGGCUAUAGCUGCAUGUCCAACAACAAGGAUGAAGAUGGCUUGGUAGCACUGGUCUUCAACAAGAAGGAAGCAGAAAUUCGAAGCCAGCAGCAGCAGCUUGUGGAAUCUGUGCACAAAAUCUUAGGUUCAAACCAGACUCUCACAGUCAACGUGGAAGGUGUGAAGACCAUGCCAGAUGAUCAGUAAGUAAAUUGCAUGGUGCAUGUGUGUCCCUUCCUGGCAAGAAAAGGCCUCUUCAUGCCCAAGGAGAGUAACAUGCUUGAUGCAGGGAUGGCUAACAGGUGUAGGCAGACCCAUUUCACCUCGCCUCCUUUGCUCCUCUCUGUGCCAGGUUGGGCAGAGGUGCUUCCUCUUAUCUGGAAGACAUCCCUCUCAGGAGCAGGUGAAGGCACCCCAGAGGCCAUGUACAGAGUAUCCCAUCCAAGUUGCUGGUGGGUGGAAAUUGAUGCCAUAGCAAGGCUCCAUACAUACAUCGGAUGAAGAGCCCAGCCAGGCAGAUAAUAAUUGGAGGAAGCUGGCCAGACCAUCUCAGUUGGUUAGAGCAUGGUGCUGAUAAGGGGAAGGUUGCAGGUUCAAUCCCCAUAUGGGACAGCUACAUGUCCCUGCAUUGCAGGGGGGUUGGACCAGAUGAUCCUCAGGGUCCCUUGCAAUUCUAUGAUGCUAUGAAUACAUUUGGUUUUUUGAGAUCAACCUUGAGUGUAACAACAGUAAAUUCUUUUAAAAUGUGUAAAAUAUAAGUGUUUGUAUUGGCUCUUUUAGGACUGAAGUAGUCAUCUAUGUUGUUGAGCGAUCUCCAAAUGGGACUUCCAGGCGAGUCCCAUCUACCACUCUGUAUGCACACUUUGAACAAGCAAAUGUCAAAAACCAGCUGCAGCAGCUUGGAGUCACCCUCAUCAUGGCCAGGACAGAGCUUUCUCCAGCGCAGGUCAAGCAGCUGCUACAGAGUCCUCCUGCAGGUAAUCUGUACUGCAGCCAAGUGCUUUGGUUAGAUCAGGCUUCCUCAACCUUGGCCCUCCAGAUGUUUUUGGCCUACAACUCCCAUGAUUCCUAGCUAGCAGGACCAGUGGUCAGGGAUGAUGGGAAUUGUAGUCUCGAAACAUCUGGAGGGCCGAGGUUAGAUGAUGGAGGAGCAUGUCCUGCUGUAAUACAAGCUGAAAGAAUUGUCAUGUUCUUUAAAAAUAAGUGUUUGGCCAGCCAUUUAAGGGGUUUGCUUUAGAUAUGGGAUGUAUUUUAAUUGGACUUGGCUUGUAGAUACAAUCUGGAAAGAGACCUAAAGGACAAGUAAAUAAUCUUCUAACUCACUCAUUGUGCAGUAGAUCAGUGGUGGGUUGGUUUUUUUUCUUUUCCCUCAUGAGACAAAACAUCAGGACAGAAACAGAAAGAGGUACUUGCAGCAGUAAUUAAUGCUUCUUUAGGGGUGGGUUCUCACAAGAGAAAAAUUGACUGAAUUAAUUGGAAAUGGGAUAUGAAGAAAAUAUCUGAAGUGUGUUAAAAUUGUCACUUCUGAAAUGUAGUUCACCUGUUUUUUGGGGGGGGAGGGGGGCUAUGAGUUAUACAUGUGUUAAAUCUGGGUGUUUUUAGCAAGAUAAAUCUUACCGCCAACUGAUCCUAUUAAACAAUGGCUGAGGUUCAAUGACUCGAUAUUGUCCUCAGUGACUUACCUUGUUUUUCCUUUUCCAGGAGUUGAUCCAAUCAUUUGGGAACAGGCCAAAGUUGACAAUCCAGAUCCUGAAAAGUAAGUCUGGUGGUUUUCAAGGUGGUUUUUGCAUUGCUUGGAUAAUUUGAAAUGGGAAUUACCGUAUUUUUCGUUCUAUAGGGCGCACCGGCCCAUAGGACGCACCUCGUUUUUUUGGGGGGGGAAAUGAAUAACCCCCCCCCGCCGCGGCUGCCGCCCCAAGCCUCGCUUGCUUCGGGCUGCAGGCUACCGCCCCAAGCCUCGCGCGCUCGGCGGGACCUCCCACCGGGCGCGCAAGGCUUGCAGACACUCGCCCGAAGCACGGGGAGCCCUCCGGAGGGCUCCCCAUGCUUCGGGCGACAGGCUGCUGCCCCAAGCCUCGCGCGCUCGGCGGGACCUCCUGCCGGGCGCGCAAGGCUGCGGACACUCGCCGGGGCUGCAGGCUGCUGCCUGCAAGCCUUGUGAGCCCGCGGGACCUCCAACCGGGCUAGCAAGGCGUGCGGAUAGAAUCCUGAAGCCUGGAGAGCGAGCGGGGGCGGUGCGCACCGAGGCCGCUCGCACUCCAGGCUUCAGCGAAAGCCUGGUUUCGCUGCAUAGGACGCACACACAUUUCCCCUUCAUUUUUGGAGGGGAAAAAGUGCGUCCUAUGGAGCGAAAAAUACGGUAUGUGUCUUUCUGAGAAGGGAUGGGCAAAAUGAGCACCCAAGCUCCCAAAAGCAAUAGCUGGAAAAUAGUCAUAACGCCACACUGAAAUCUACAUGGCUUUCAAUUAGGAGGUGCAUGCAAGACUGAACCAUCACAAGAAUGCAUGUGGGGAAAUGCAUGCUUGAGUGUGUUCCUAUGUUAAAAUCUUGCUUUGUUACUACCACAUUGGGGAGAAGCUAUACUAAAUUUGCAGGUUGAAGAAAGUUUUAGAUGUUGGUGCAUAUUCAGGCAUGCUAUCCCUCAUAUGUACUCUUAAGAGCUUGUUGGGACGUCAAACCCAACAAUCUUCAGUGGAAUCUGUUAAGACUUCCAGCUGCUGGCAACAGAGUUAGCACAAUCAAGGGUGUGUGUGCAUGUGUUUGAACCAGAUUCAUGGUAAUUUACCAGAGACAAAAACCACCAUCCUUUCCCCUUAAAGGGAUGGUGAGGCCUCCUGACUCCCUAGUUAGAGUGCCUUGUUUGCUCCUAUAGCCUAAUCAUUUCUAUGUGUUGCCUAAUUUCUACCACGUCAAUGCUCUUACUUCUCUAGGCUGAUUCCAGUGCCGAUGGUUGGUUUCAAAGAACUGCUGAGGAGGCUGAAAGUCCAAGACCAAAUGACAAAGCAGCAUCAAACCAGAUUAGAUGUGAGCACCAGCUUCUGAAUACCGCUGUUGUGAUUAUUUGUGGCUGACAAUGGAUGCUCUAAGAGUCUAGUUGCCUUUUGCUUUGUAAAUCCUGUGUUCCAGGUGCCAGAAACUUAAUACCAUAAAGUACUCCGGACUCUCAGGGCCAGGGAUUGGUAGCUUGCUCCACCUAGGCUGGGGUUAGCAAUUUCCAAGUCCGUUGUAAAGAGCGUGGAAGAUGCCAAACUUGAGGAGUCAAGAUGCAUAGCAUGUUUUACAAUAUUUCCACUGAGCUUCUGCUGCUUGUGUGUUCCAGGGGCACAAAUCAACCCAGUCUCUUCACUUUCACUAGGAGCUACACUUGAGAUGCUCAAAGUGAAGUCUUACAUCCCUGUUUUAUUUUUUUUUCUAAUUUAUAGCUUUAUUAGAACAAUACAUACAUUUUACAAAACCAAAACCAAACCAAACACAACAAACAACAUCACACUCUCUUGACUUCCAUUCACCCCCUUGUGUUAUCUAAACUUCAUUUUCUACUUCACACUUUUAUAUUUCCUCUUUCUAAACAUUUAAAAUUACUUUAUUAUUUGGUCCUCUCUUGUCUUGCAAGAUUCAGUCCAGACCCGUCAAAGCAUUUACAUUUUUACAGUACUGUUUUAUAUACUCUCUAAAGAGAUUCCAUUCUUUAUUUAAUCUCUGUUUUGAAUCAUCUCUUAAACUUCCCGUCAUUUUGGCUACUUCUGUAUAUUCGAUCAUCUUCACCUGCGAGUCUAAUUUGGUGGGUAUCACUUGUCCUUUCCAAUUUUUUGCUAUGAAAAUUCUAUCCACUGUUGUCGCAUGCAUGAAGGUUCUUCUAAAAAAAAAUUGGGAUUUCAGUCUAACCUCCCUAAUUUAGAGGAGGGACAUAGCUCACUAUAGUACAUUUUAUCCGCAGAAGGUCCCAGGUUCACUCAUUAACAUCUCAAAGUAGUGUUGGCAAAAACUGUCUGAAUCACUCCUUGUAAGUGCAGACAAUAUAACUGUUUGAGUUGCAAUAAGGCAGCUUCCUGUGUUUAGUCUUAAAUCUGUCUAGUGGCUAAAUCAGUAAUACCUCUUUACUUGCAGGACUAACUUCAAUGGUAUCAAAUCUGUUUUAAUCUUUGAGUUCUAUUAAAGUGUUCCCCGCCCCAAAGCAUUUCUGCUAAUGGUACAUUGCAUCCAUUUUUUCUCUCUGCAGUUGGCUUGUUGUGAUUUUUGAAGCGUGUGUUUUUGAUUUUCAGGGGAUUUUUAGAGCAGUCACUGUAGACCCACCCAGCUUCAUAAUUCUGUAGCUGGUUGUGGGCUGCAUCUGCAAAGGAUUUAAAAGGCUUUUGACACAUGAAGGGACACUCAGGUGUAAAACUAGACUGAUAGUUCACAACCUGUGCAUUCUCUUUAAACAGUUGACCCAAUCUCUCCCUGUCUGUAGAUAAUAUCAGAAGACAUAAGUGAGCUUCAGAAAAACCAGACUACAACGAUGGCCAAAAUAGCUCAGUACAAGCGGAAGCUAAUGGAUCUUUCGCACAGAACAUUGCAGGUAGGCUGUUGCUUGUCCCUGUGGUAAAAAUGGGUGGUGAUUAAGAAUGUAGGUAAAGUGCAGUAGCAAAGAACAUGAGAUGAAGGUCAGGAAAUAUUCAGGUCAAGUCUCAAUUCAACCAGGGUUGUCUAAGGUGGUCCUGAGGCAAGCCCCUGUUGUCUCUGCCUCAGUCCUCCCAUCUGCAGUGUGGGGGAAGAUGGAUAAGACCAUAAAUAAAGGAUCCCAGGUCCCUCUAUACCUGCAUCCUGAUUCCAUCUGGGGCCACCCCGGUGCUUCUGGGAAGUCCAUAAGCCCAGGCCAUAAAGGCAAGAGUGCUCUCCCUGACCUUGUGUUUUCUCCCAGACCUCUCUGCUACCUUAGAAGACUGAGGUUCCCUAUUGCUGUCCUGGCUAAUCAGCCACCAGUAGACAGAUCUUCAUUCUCCUCUUAAAGCCAUUCAAACUGAUGUUUGGAUAGGAGAUCAAAGAAACUUUGGGUCUUGAUCCCAGUUUAGCCACACACUGCCCCUUGCCUUUCUAGGUUCUGCUUUCUCAUUCCCCCCCACUCCCUCCCCCCCCCCUUUUAUAAUUAAAAAACAACAGUUGAUAGGGUACAUGGUUGUUUUAUGGGAUGGAAUAGUGUACAUUGGACAUGUUUAUUUUACGGUCUCUUAACUUUCAGUUGUACCUUAAAAAAUAUAUUACACAACUAGGGAGAAAAUGGGUUUAUAAGCUCCUCUUUCUUUUUUUUACUUCUGUUACUCUGUAAACCUCCAUGUGUAUCUUAUAAUAAUAAUAAUUUUAUUAUUUGUACCCUGCCCACCUGAAGGAGCGUCUCCACCCCCAUCAUUCUGCCUGGACACUGAGGUCCAGUGCCGAGGGCCUUCUGGCGGUUCCCUCACUGCGAGAAGCAAAGCUACAGGGAACCAGGCAGAGGGCCUUCUCGGUAGUGGCACCCGCCCUGUGGAACGCCCUCCCACAAGAUGUCAGAGAGAAAAACAAACUACCAGACUUUUAGAAGACAUCUGAAGGCAGCCCUGUUUAGGGAAGCUUUUAAUGAUUAAUAGAGUAUUGUAUUUUAAUAUUUUGUUGGAAGCUGCCCAGAGUGGCUGGGGAAACCCAGCCAGAUGGGCGGGGUAUAAAUAAAUUAGUAAUAUUAUUAUUAUUAUUAUUAAUAUUAUUCCAACAAAAUACUGAAACACAGUAAGAUAUCAGACAUUAAAAAAACUUCUCUGUACAGGGCUGCCUUCAAAUGUCUUAACUCCUUGACAUCUGAUGGCAGGGUGUUCCACAGGGUGGGCGCCACUACCAAUAAGGCCCUCUUGUGGCUCUGUGCAAAGACACUCUGCACCUGUCCACUCCCUUGAGCGGCCUUAUUGACCUCAGGUGUGUCUGAGGAUGGCCUUCCCAUUUCCAGGCAUAUUUUGCAUCCCCAAGGCACCUUGGGAAAAACAGACCAGGUGCUCUACAUUCAGCUGUGCUGCCCAAAAAAGGAUAAUCUCUUUUUUUUGGGGGGGGGGUAAGGGAUAGCCUUCUAAAGCAUCUUAAUUUCUUCACGAAGGUGUUAAUCAAGCAAGAGAUCCAGAGGAAAAGCGGCUAUGCCAUCCAAGCCGAUGAGGAGCAGCUUCGCGUACAGUUGGAUACGAUCCAGUGUGAGCUCAAUGCUCCCACGCAGUUCAAGGUCAGCAACUCAGGACGCAUAACCUUGCAUACCAAACACAGAACUGUGCAGUAAACUGCCUGGUGCUUUGCAGUUGCUCCUUCUGUGCACUUGCAUUUCAUGCCUGUCUUACAUCUCCCAAGUUCUUUUAUGCUAAUGUGGAAGGCUGUGUCCGCCUUGGACCUAUGCCAUGCUGUUUGUUCAGGUUUAGAUGCAUUUUAGAGUUCCUCUUUGAAAAAUCAUACUAUGACAGUGUCUUUGAAAUGCAUCGAGCUCCUUCAAACUAAUCUGGUAAAAUCUGUAAGUGGUAUAUUUUCACAGGCCUCCCAACCUGAUCACUGAUGCUUCCUUUCAAUAAAGCAGCCUUAGUGAGAGGUUACUGAGUCAAGUCAGCAGGGUGCCACAUCAUGAGAUGCCUUGAGAUACUUGCUUGUUGGAGAUACUAAGGCAGGGGUUGGCAAGGUUUACCUCGCCUGGGCCAGUUCACUCCAGCAGAGAUUCCUCCGUGGGCCAGAUUGCGUGCGUGAUUUCUGGUGUCUGCGUAGACGCAAUUUAUGGCGUCGCGGAAGCGAAUCCCUGUGCCACUUAGUGAAGCGCACGGGGGCUCGCCGAGCGGGUGAUUUGGGAGCAGCCCAUGGGCCUUAGGUUGCCUACCCCUGUUCUCAGGACUGGAUCUGCUUAUAAAUCUCUGCCACUUGUCCCACAGGGCAGGGGAAAAGAAACUGCUUUCUGCCCUAAAUUCAGCGUUUCUUCCUUUAUUUCUUCCAGGGCCGGCUGAAUGAGUUGAUGUCCCAGAUCAGAAUGCAGAACCAUUUUGGAGCUGUGAGAUCGGAAGAGAGGUACUACAUCGAUGCAGACCUCUUGCGGGAAAUUAAACAGGUAACAACCGGCAGGAAUGCAAAUUCCUUCGUCACAAUAACAUGAGAAAGUCCCGGAUGCAUAUUUUGUGCUUCCAGUAUUUCCAUUCUCAAAGAAUUGGAUGUUUCUGUUGCAUGAGGUGAGGGAGCGGGGUGGCCAGUGAAAUUUGUGCUUGAUAGCAUAGAAAACCUGGGGAACGGACUCUGCUGCAAGCCCUGGUCAACCCUAAUUUUUGGCCAUUUGCCACCAGGCAACGCUUACAUGUUUCCAAGGUUGUCUUCCGAAACGUAAGGGCUAGAAAGUUGCAUUUAAAAAACAACACACCGAAACAUAGUAAGCUGAAUAAGGCAAGAAGAGCUGUGACCUAACGCUGGGUCUGGAUUCCAGUGUUAAUGUGUAUGAAAGGGGAGGUAUCAGCAUGUGACUUUCUGCUGAGUAACCCAUGUCUCUCAUGUAAACACACAGGGGAAAGAUUGGAGCAGUUGUGAUCUCUCAGUUGAGGACCGAUGCCUAGCAUUUUACAAACAGAAGGGCUGACCGUUGCCAGGAAAUUCACAGGCUAGGCUUGGGAAGGUCAAAGCGGAGUGUUUACGUGGCUAUUCUCUCCCCCCUUCCCUUUCUUUUAGCAUCUGAAACAGCAACAAGAAGGACUCAGCCACCUGAUCAGCAUCGUAAAAGAUGACCUGGAAGAUAUCAAGCUCAUAGAACAUGGAUUAAAUGAGAGCAUACCUAUCAGAGGAGGGGUGUUCAGUUGAUGGACACCCUUCCGUUGUCCAGAGGCUUAUGGAAGCUGUAAUUUCCUCUCCAUGACCAAAACUCACUAGGCGGGUUUUAUUUAUAUAUAUAUAUAUAUAUAUAUAUAUAUAUAUAUAUAUAUAUACAUCUUAGUAUGGGGCGAGAGGAUUCCAAUGGUAUUGGUGUCCUUUCCCCAAUUUGGCCAUCAAGUGGUUCGGUUUCCUAAUGGUGCAGUUGGUUUCAAGAACAGACUUUAGACACUUCAGAAGCUGCUUUGUGAUCUAAGCCUGCAAUUUUGGCAAUAUCGACUGUGUGGGUUAGGUUUAUGAAGACACCUUCCGUGUUAACAUCUUGAGAGGAAAUACAAUGUUAUUGCUUACAGCAAACACACCCCAAAAUAACUGCUGGUUGUUUAUGUGCCCAUAAGACAUUGUCCAAUCUGUUUAAACAAACUUCAAAAUAAAGCUUUGAACCUUCUACGUUACAGGGGGGAAACUGGGUGUCUGAUGUGCUUCUUUGAGACAGGUGAUGGAAAAGAAGCACUGGAUAAAGGUGUUUAAAAACAUAAAAAACUAUUGGUAUCUAAAGCCUAUAUUUUUAUAUCAUUUUAAUUCAACAG